UCACUUCGAGCCGUCUAUUGCCAGUCUCAAAUAUGGCUGCGUCCGGAGGUGCCGUACUGUGGUCCGAGUAAGCCGGUUGUUUCUAAAACCAAAAAAGCAAAAGGAAUCGGAGCGUGAGAGCGAUACUUGUCACCGGAGCCCACAACGGCGAGAUGAUCCACGAGUUGCUGCUGGCAUUGAGCGGGUAUCCGGGCAGCAUCUUCAGUUGGAACAAGCGCAGCGGCCUACAGGUAUCUCAGGAUCUGCCAUUCCUUCACCCCAGUGAAAUCAGUGUCUUAAACCGCUUGUGCAAGUUAGGCACAGACUAUAUACGCUUCACUGAGUUUAUUGAACAAUACACCGGACAUGUACAGCAGCAGGAGUGCCACCCAACCCAGCAAGGCCAGGCUGGAUUGCAUGGGAUUUAUCUUCGUGCCUUUUGUACCGGGUUAGACUCCAUGCUGCAGCCCUACAGACAGGCUCUACUUGAUCUUGAACAGGAGUUCUUGGCAGACCCACACCUCUCCAUCUCUCAUGUUAACUACUCUUUGGAUCAGUUUCAGCUGCUGUUCCCAUCUGUUAUGGUGGUAGUUGAACAAAUGAAAUCUCAAAAGAUUCAUGGCUGUCAACUUCUGGAGACCGUUCACCAACACAGCUGUGGAGGGCUUCCACCAGUCCGCAGUGCACUGGAGAAGAUCCUAGCGGUGUGUCAUGGUGUGCUGUACAAGCAGUUAUCUGCAUGGAUGCUGCACGGCCUGUUACUGGACAAGUAUGAGGAGUUCUUUAUCAAGCAAGGGCCUUCCUCUGACAGUGUUAGCACCCAGCCUGAGGAGGAAGAUGAAGAAGAUCUGGGAAUCAGAGGCUUGACUGGAAAGCAGCUCCGGGAGCUUCAAGACUUGCGGUUAAUCGAAGAGGAGAACAUGUUGGCUACGUCCCUCAAGCAAUUUUCACUGCGAGCUGAGAUGCUGCCCUCUUAUAUCCCUGUGAGGGUGGCAGAGAAGAUCUUGUUUGUAGGAGAGUCAGUGCAGAUGUUUGAAAAUCAGAAUGUGAAUCACACCCGUGCAGGGUCCAUUUUAAAGAACCAGGAAGACGCUUUUGCAGCAGAGCUGCAUACACUGAAGCAACAACCCCUUUUCAAUCUUGUGGACUUUGAAAAUCUGAUUGAUAGGAUCAGAAGUACAGUUGCUGAGCAUCUAUGGAAACUGGUGGUAGAAGAGGCAGGACUGUUGGGACAACUCAAGAUAAUCAAAGAUUUCUAUCUGCUGGGUCGAGGGGAACUCUUUCAGGCUUUCAUUGACAGUGCACAGCAUUUACUGAAGACCCCACCAACUGCAGUCACCGAACACGAUGUCAAUGUAGCAUUCCAGAAAUCAGCACACAAAGUGUUAUUGGAUGAUGAUAACCUACUCCCACUCCUGCACCUCACUGUCGAGUACCACGGCAAAGAUCCAAAAGAUGCUGCACAAAACCGUGAUAGUUCCCUGCGUGAACCAUCCCCUCGUGAAGCCCCUACUUCUGGCUGGUCUGCUCUGGGGCUCUCAUACAAAGUGCAGUGGCCUUUGCAUAUUCUGUUUACUCCGGCCGUACUAGAAAAAUACAACAUUGUCUUCAAGUACCUGCUGAGCGUGAGGCGAGUUCAGGCAGAGCUGCAGCAUUGCUGGGCUGUGCAGAUGCAGCGGAAACACCUCACCUCCAACAAGUCAGACGCCACCAAAUGGAGACUGAGGAACCACAUGGCUUUCCUUGUGGAUAACCUGCAGUAUUACCUCCAGGGCAUGCAGCGCUCCUCAUUGUGUUACAGCACUCCACGUAGCUCUUCCCCGCAGGUAGGAACGGCACCGGCUGCAGAGCGGUACGGACGGAGUCAGUGCUUCCCGCAGGCAAAUGUCCUCGAGUCCCAGUUUUCACAGCUCCUCCAGGAGAUAAACUCUAUCCGAGAUUUCGAGAGUGUUCGGUUGGCGCAUGAUCGUUUCUUGAGUAAUCUGCUGGCUCAGUCAUUCAUCCUCCUUAAACCGGUGUUCCAUUGUCUGAAUGAGAUUCUCGAUCUGUGCCAUAACUUCUGUUCCCUGGUCAGUCAGAACCCAGGGCCCUUGGACGAACGUGGUAGCUCACAGUUGGAGCUUCUCGUGACGGGCUUUAGUCGUCAAUCAUCCCUGCUUUUCAAGAUCCUCUCCAGUGUUCGCAAUCACCAGAUUAACUCUGACCUGGCUCAGCUUCUGCUGCGACUCGACUACAAUAAAUAUUACACCCAUGCUGGGGGCACACUGGGAAGUUUUGCCAUUUGAUCGCUGAGCACAAAUUGAUUCCUGGAGCAGCUGGGUUCUGACCUUCACCAGCAUCCUGACCCAUCUGAGGAGUGAACUUGUGUAAAUGAGUCUACUGACUCAAAGACUGGCUACAACUCGCUCCCUCCCAGAAAGGCUUUGUAUAAAACUACCACGAAUGGGCACACUGUGGGGUUCACCUUCAACCUGUGGCCAUUUUACACAAACUUGUAGACCAGGGCUUGUGACCUGUCUUUUACUGACUUUUCACCUAAUUUCUCAUACGUUCUCGCUUUGUCUUUUUCCUAGUCUUCCUUGACUGCUAUCACUUUCUCUGCCCCUCUCGCUGUCUCUUCCUCUGAUUCUCUAACUAUGUGUGUGUGUGUGUGUGUCGCUCACUCAAGUUAUUUCAACUAUUUUACCUAUAAAGUUAUAAAAUCCUCAUAUGCCCUAUUUUGUAUGGGUGGUUCUGAAUAUCCUGUUCACAUUAUUUUGGCUCUCCUCUGCCUGACACCUUAGGCAGCCUUAAGGUUGAGAUGUGAAUGUUUUGCAGGACCUGGUCUCUGAUCCACUUUUACUGAUGCCACAGACUCAUUUUAGAAGUACUCAUGAUGAAAUUCUCAGCAAUGCGAUUGAGUCUUUCAAGAUUUCUGUACAGUUACCUCAAAACAUCGACCGGUCUGAUUUUUUUUUUUAAAAUCUGUGGACAGUUAAGAAUCCCCGCACUGUCUGUUUCUGGGAUCUGUUUGGAAGAGUGCAGAUUUCAGUAGCCUACAGGAGUGUGGUAUCCAUGAAACAUCAGUGCCCUCCUGCUUCGAUUCUCCUUUGACUAUUGAUUCCAGUGCCCAAGGCAUUCACUCACCCGCCUCCUGCUUCUCUGGUCCAGUCUCUGGUUUCCUGCUGGGCAAAAUUGUAGGGUCUCUGCCUCACUUGCGAGUUUGAAAUCUGACCCACGAACCCCAGAAUGCAUCAGAACUCCCACCAAAGUCAUUGUCCCUAAUUUGGGAAUCACAUGAACAGCUACCAUGAGAAGAUUUUACUGUGUCUGAGGUGUGUUUCUCAUUGACCAUGUUGUAAAUUUUGUGGAUAUGCUUGUUGCAAGAAACAACAGAGAUCUGUUCCUGAGAAGGCUCGCUGUAACAAGAAAAUAAACCUAUAGAACCUUUCA